UAAAACCCUAAAAAGCCCUAGAACGCGGCCAUAACCGAUCUGAUCCUUCAUUCGCUUGUGUGUAGCCGGUUGCUUCUUUUCUUGAUUAGGGCACAAAUUGUGUUUUCUUGACUGCUUUUUUCAGGAAUAGGGAAAAGGAAGAGGGGGAUUCGGGCUUAUUCAAAAUGUACUCCAGAGGGAAAUUCAUGGAGGGUGGAGAAGGGCACGAAAUGGGGUCUAAACGCCAGAGGAUCAUCGACACAAAUCCUUACUACAGUUCAGCAGGUACAAGUCUCAUGUAUACCAAUCCUUAUCCCCCUGCUUAUAUAGGGCAACCUCGCCCUUUUCCUGUUAUAAGGCUCCGAGGCCUCCCCUUCAAUUGCUCUGAGACCGAUGUGGAGGAGUUCCUCCAUGGCUUCAACAUAAUCGAUAUUCUCUUUGUUCACAAGAAGGGGAGGUUCUCUGGUGAGGCUUUUGUGGUUCUGGGUCUUCCAGUCCAGGUUGAUUGGGCUCUCCAAAGGAAUAGGCUAAAUAUGGGGCGUCGAUAUAUUGAGGUAUUUCGAAGCAAGAGGCAGGAAUACUAUAAUGCAGUGGCCAAUGAAGUUGCAGACUCGAAAAAUGGGCCCCCAUCUCCUCCUCAUCGAAGUGCACCUAGGGCUAGGUCAUAUGAUGAGGGAAAAGAUUUAGUGGAGCACACUGGGGUUUUGAAGCUUAGGGGAUUGCCAUUUUCUGCCACAAAAGAAGACAUCAUAGAAUUUUUUAAAGAGUUUGAUAUCUCGGAAGAUAAUAUCACUUUGAUGAUUAAUUCAGAGGGGAGGGCAACUGGUGAGGCUUUUGUGGAGUUUGCAAGCCCCGAGGAUUCUAAAGCUGCGAUGGUCAAAGAUCGAAUGACACUUGGUAGCCGAUACAUUGAGCUCUUUGCUUCAACACCUGAAGAGGCUGAGGAGGCGGCAUCGAGGAACAGAUGAUUCUUUUAGAUGGGCAUAGAUGUGUAAGUGUAACUCUGUGGGGGGGGGAAGCUUUUUAAUACUGGAUUAGAAUCAGAGUACGGUUUAUAUGGACAGAAUCUUGAUUGUAUGUUUUAGGUUUCUGUUCUUCUAAUUUACUUGCAAAUUUUGAAGUGGUGUUAUCGGAUAUGUUCUAAUUUUUGAGGUUUUACUUGUUUUUUGGGUUAUGAUCUUCAUGUACGUGGACUAGAAAGGUUUGAUGUGAAAUUAACAUACUACAUAUAACCUUGUGGGCU